UAUUCGAAGAAGCAAUCGAGUGGCAGAGGGUGUAUCUUGCCGCUUUCAUAGUUAAAAAAGUACGAGCAAAAACCACCUUUUUUCCUCUCUAGGGUUUUUGUUUUCUUCAUGGCUUAGAAAUUUGUCCAGUUUCCCCUAUUCAAUUCAGCAUAUUCUUGCUCCAGUUGAAACAAUAAGGCCGGACAGGUGCACUUGGCUACAUGUUAUUGUAACCUUGGGCGUUCGGGCCACUAAUCCCAUGUGACUUGAAGGUAACAGCCAGGUCAAUCCACAGUGGCCCUGACGACCUAUGAGUAGGAUCCCCAAGGCCUAGCCUUUAUUUUCCAGUUGAGCUGGAGCUCAAGGUCUGCACUUGGGUACAUGAUGGAUUAUUGGAAUGGUCUACUGUGUGUUGUCAUACAUUGGCAAAAAUUUCCGUCAUGUGUUGAAGUGGGUGUGUUUGAUUGUGUUGACGCUGACCGUGCAAAGAUUAACGUUGAUAGAACAGACUGGAGGUAGGAUAUCCAAAGGGUCCAGAUGAACUUAUAAAUAGUAAAGUGAACACGAUGAAAGACGUUGAUAGAGUACGGUUACAGAGCAAAGAGAGCAGCUUCUCACCGAAACCCGGAAGUUCCAAUAAAAUUGAAUUUCAUGAAACGGUUAAUGUUCGAGAGAACAAUUGUGACACAUUUAUAAAUGUGUUGGAUGGUAAGAAUAAUGCUCGGGUUGGUACAUCUGAGCAUGCAUGCACCAGCUCUCGUUGUACGGAUAGUUCCGGGGUAAUGGUUGAAGAAUUAACCGUCAGAAAUUUCAACAACGGGAAGUUUGAAAUAGUUGGUGCUUCAAGCAUAAGAGAAGGAAUACAGAAUGGGAAUAUGCCUAGUGGAACAAAGCCCGGUGUCUGGGAAGAUUCGGACUCCAUUUUCUUCUCUGAGUUUCUCGAUAAGAAACAAGAAGAUCAAAAUCAAAACGAGACAAUAGACGAUUCCCCACCAUCUCCUUCCAAUACGUCGUUGUCUCUUGGAGGUAUUCGGACAAAGAUUCUUUCUAAAUCUGGGUUCUCCGAGUUUUUUGUGAAAAAUACACUAAAGGGCAAAGGAGUCAUUUGCAGAGGUCCACCUCGAGAUGGAGUUGGUGUUCAUAUUCGUGGUGGUCAGAGUGAUCCCAGGCCUGCUGUGGCACCUAACUCGUGCAUGGGGGGAGUCACUGUUUGCCCUUCUGCUGGUUUUGUUGAGCCUAGGCCUGAUGUCAGUUUGAGAGAAUGGCUGAAAAAUGGUGGGAAUAAAGGAGACAAGUCUAAGAGCCUCCAUAUAUUUAAGCAGAUAUUGGAAUUGGUGGAUUCAUCUCAUUCUCGAGGAAUCGCCUUGCACGCGUUAAGACCAUCGUGCUUUAAGUUGUUGCCAUCAAACCAGGUUUUGUACCUUGGUUCACCUGCCCAGAAGGAAUUCAUGGAAACCGACGAUGAUAAAGAAAUACUUCAUAUGGAUAAUAGAGACGAGAAGAGACAAGUAGAGCAGGGCGUUUUUGAUGCUAGUCUGUGCUCCAAAAGGAGAAAGCAUGGGGACAACUGGAGCUCUUUUGGCAGGUGGCGGCAGAUCCCAAAUCUUUCUGGUUCCAAUCAUUCUGGUUCCAACCAUGGCCGUCCACGAGCUUUUAGUUAUGGAUUUAAUGAAGAGAGUAGUAGCCCGCAUAUAUCUAAUACUUCCCAAGUGUUAUCUUCCUUUAGCAGUAAUCUAUUAGAAGAGCAGUGGUACACCAGUCCAGAGGAUCUUAGAGAGAGGUGCUCCACGUUGUCUUCAAAUAUAUACUCUCUGGGAGUUCUUCUAUUCGAGCUCCUUGGAUCUUUUGAAUCUGCUAGAGAACAUGCUUUUGCAAUGAUGAAUUUACGUCAGAGGAUCCUUCCCCCUAGUUUCUUGUCGGAAAAUCCCAAGGAGGCUGGAUACUGUCUUUGGCUGCUUCAUCCCGAGGCACUGGCACGACCUACAACCAGGGACAUCUUAAAAUCAAAGCUUGUAAGUGAAAUAGAAGAAAUAUCAACGGAUGAGUUGUUAUCAUCCGUCACUCAAGAUGACAUUGAAUCAGAGUUAUUGCUACAUUUUCUUGUGUCUUUGGAAGAACAAAAACAAAUAUGUGCCACAAAGUUGGUUGAAGAUAUCAAUUGCAUAGAAUCCGAUAUUGCAGAGGUUGAGUUGCGACGGGCAAAACAAUCCCAUGAACCCAUUGAAACUAGUUUGAUUCUAGAAAAUAAAUCAAGAUUUGGGCUGAAUAUAACAUCAUCUCCCUUCUCUACUCUCAGUGAAUCAAGAUUAAUAAGCAAUUUAGGUCAUCUUGAAAGUGCUUACUACUCUGUAAGAUCUGAAAUUGAGGUUUCCGAUAGUGAUUCAACGAACUCCAAUGAUCACGAAGUUUUCAGAAGUCGAGAAAAUUAUAAUGGGUCUCAAAUGAUUAAGGCAGAAAAGAAGCCGUUAGAUCGCCUAGGGAUCUUCUUUAAUGGGCUAUGCAAGUAUGCUCGAUAUAGCAAGUUUGAAGUCCGUGGUAAUUUAAGGGGUGGUGAUUUUAGUAGUUCGGCGAAUGUUAUAUGUUCUCUUGGUUUUGAUCGGGAUGAGGAUUAUUUUGCAACGGCUGGAGUGUCGAAAAAGAUCAAAGUAUACGAUUUCCAUUUGCUAUUGAAUGAUUCCGUUGACAUCCAUUAUCCUGCUGUUGAGAUGGCAAAUAAAUCGAGGCUUAGUUGCAUUUGUUGGAAUAGCUACAUCAAGAACUAUCUGGCUUCUACGGACUAUGAUGGCAUGGUUAAGAUAUGGGAUGCAGGAACGGGCCAAGCAGUUUCUCAUCAUAUUGAGCAUGAAAGGAGGGCAUGGUCGGUUGAUUUUUCUCGAGUGGAUCCUACAAAAUUAGCAAGUGGAAGUGAUGAUUGUUGCGUGAAACUUUGGAGUAUUAAUGAGAAGAACAGUACAUCAACGAUCAGAAACAUUGCAAAUGUUUGUUGUGUCCAAUUCUCUCCUUACUCUGCUCAUUUGCUGUCUUUUGGCUCUGCCGAUUACCGGACCUACUGUUACGAUCUUAGGAACGUUUCUGCCCCAUUGUGCAUAUUGGCGGGCCAUGAUAGAGCCGUUAGCUAUGUGAAGUUUAUUGAUUCCGAAACCAUUGUUUCCGCAUCCACUGAUAACACACUAAAGCUAUGGGAUCUCAAGAAAACCAGUGUUGGUUGCUCAUCGACCAAUGGUUGCAUCUUAACUUUCAGAGGACAUACAAACGAGAAGAAUUUUGUCGGUUUAUCUGUUGCGGAUGGAUAUAUUGCGUGCGGUUCAGAAACGAAUGAGGUGUUUGCUUAUUACAGAUCCUUCUCGAUGCCGAUCACGUCCCAUAAGUUUGGAUCUAUUGAUCCUGUUUCCGGCAAAGAGACCGACAAUGGAAACAAUCAGUUUGUUUCGAGUGUGUGCUGGCGGCAGAAAUCGGACAUGGUGAUUGCCGCCAACUCGAGUGGGUGCCUGAAGUUGCUGCAGAUGGUUUAAGCCAUUUGCAAAGCAACCAAUCCCAAGUGUGUAUAGAAUAAACGGAACUCCCAAUUCCGAUAGCCGAUAGGUGUACAUUGAGAUGAGGUCGAGAAUUUUGAAGUUUUUGUCUUGAAAUACGAACGUCGGGGCGGGGUAUUUGUGCAGUUUUCUUGUUUUUUUUUUAUGAAGUAGAGUUCGUAUACACAAGUUGUAGAUGUUGACAAGCAUACCAGAUAGUUUUAAAGCCAAGAAAGGUUUUGUUUUUAGCAUUUGCAGU